CAGUCGGCAUUUGACAAUCGAGUGUUGCAUAUACGACGAUUUAUUUCAAUUAGACCACGAUGUGAGGAUAAUUAAAUUACCCAACCACUUCUGCAUGCUCGUGCGUUCGCCGUGUCUUUGAUUGUGCCUCAACACGCCAAGUUUGUUAAAUUAAGGAUCCCGCAGAUGAAUUGGUGAUCUCUAUAAUUUAAUUACAAUUAGCAUUUUGGUGAAAGCACACACGGAGUAAUUCAAUUAAUUUUCCGCGAUAAGUGAGAGCACGUCUUAGGAGGAGAUCCGUGAGAACGCAGCGGUUUUUCUUAUUCUUUCUUUUUUUCGCGCGCGUGGGAAUGCUAAAUUAUCCUGGUAGCGAUGGGGAGUACCCCAUGAAUGGUGUCUACCCAGUGGCACCAGUAUCCUGCCAGCCAUCGGUGAAUUUUCACGGACAAGAGAGGAAUUUCCCCAGCAGUGAUCAAGUGACGAGUGUUAGUGGUGAUCAGGGAUAUAUUUUCCCAUCGAAAGGAUCGGAGAAUGUUAAGAGAUUCUCCGUGAAUAAUCUCCUUCAAUUGGCAAAUUGUACAAAUACCGAUCCCAGGACGACAGACGACCAGAGUGGCUACACACAGUUGCCGGAAUCAUCAACUAGUAGCGGCGGGAAGAAGCCACGGAGGAACAGAACAACAUUCACCAGCAAUCAACUCACGGCGCUCGAGAAGAUCUUUGAGAGAACUCACUACCCCGAUGCCUUCGUGAGGGAGGAAUUGGCCACAAAGGUUGGCCUCAGUGAGGCUAGAGUUCAAGUUUGGUUCCAAAAUCGUCGUGCAAAGUUCCGUCGGAAUGAGCGAAGUGCCUCUGGGUGCCGUUCAUCCGUCACUCCGAGUGUCCCAAUCCUGCCCCAUAAGCCAGCAAUCCCGCUCCUGCCAAGCUCAGAGAAGACUACGGGAAAUCACCAAUCACCCGUGGAGAUGAAUCACUUCCCUGCCUCACAAAUGCCCACUGUGCCUACCUCCAGGCGAAUUUCUGCAAUUCAAACGUUGCCGCUCCAAUGUCCAGCUACCAGCACGGAUUUAUGGGAUUGAGGCAUAAAUCUCACACCUACUCAUCACUCUAGGCAGGAUCCUGAAGAGCCAAAGAAAGGCACAAAUUGAGGAACUUUUGGGAGGCAAUUCAGAGAGAAAGAAGUUUGAUCUGUGAAUGCCAUUUAAUUGCAAAUAGAUAAUAAAUAAAUUUUUAACAUCUUUUAGAGGGACAAUGCUGGUGGAUUGAAUAAAAAAAUAGACAUUUCGC